GAUACGUCAUCACGCAUCGUCUGUACCAUGGCGACGGAGACGCUGAGAGCGUUUGCGUGCAGUUUCUCCAUCAUAUUCCUGUUAAAACUAAACGCUUUUUUCUGCCAGCAGUUCUCUAUAUCUUUUCAGCAGCCUUCGGAUUGUGGUGUGGACAGUUAUUUUGAUAUUUCGAGCUUGUCUUGUGUGAAAUGCGGGUCGAAUCAAGUUAGCAGCAAAUCAGGGCUAGCAUGUAAGUGUAAGACUGGUUUUAGGGUGCUGGUCAGCAAUGGGGCGUCCAUCACGUGCCAGCAGUGUCCUGAUGCGAAUCAGGGGGUCACCCAAGAUGGGUACGGGUGCAUCCGUUGUCCUGGAAGUAUAGGAGAGAAUGGCAAGUGUCAGUGUCCUAAGGGAAGUGUGUUGGUGGAGAGAGACGUGAGUGGGAAUCCAUUAAAUGAAUCCCGAUGUGAGGCAUGUAAUGUAACAGAGCCCGCAUUUUCUGCCCCAGAUACAGCAGGCAACAGGUGUGUAAGAUGUGAUGACUCCUUCAUCAACUCAUCUCAGUCUUGUGUUUGCGGUACUUUAAACGUACAGGCAGGUGGGAUGUGCUUUCCUUCGGGGAAUGGUCUGCCUACCUCAGUUCUCCCAAAUGUCAUCUUUAGCCAACUGGGCAACUCUGUCCCAUCAGCAUGGUUUUCAAACUUCAUGUAUUCUUCAGCAGCUGCGUGUUUGCUGUUCUCCAACCGGACAGGAUGCCAGUCUCUGGGCAAUAUGUGUGUAAUGAACAUGCACUCCUUUAGCACCAUCAACAACGAUGCCUGUGGCCUCUACAACACAGUCUACAGAGCAACAGCUGCUCUGGGCAGCAGCCAGGAUGUCUCCUACUGGAGGGCAAACCUGCCUUGGCUCUACUAUGGAGACCAGCUUGGAUUGGCAUCACGGAUUCUACAGAAUGAGCCGCUUCCAGUUGGAUUCAGCUUUAAAGGGGCACAAAAGAACACUAACAUUGAGCUGCGCGCUGCUGUUUACUCAGUGCGUGGGGAGUUUCUGAGAUGGGAGAGUGUUGGUGGAGGAAACCUUCAGCUCUGUCCAGAUACCCUUAUCAGACAACAGUCUGCUUUCACAUUUGGGACAGCCUACAAGCAGAGUUGUGUUCUCUCAGUGUCAGAGCUUCUGAAUAAAUAUCCAGAGCCUGUUUUCUAUGACGUGUUCCUGGUCAUUCAGAAGCCACAGGAAGACAAGCGUCUUCUUGCAGUGCCUCUCCUAAAUAUCAACCAGCAGUUUAAUGGCCAGUUCACUAAUGAGGGAUCCAACAUGAAUAACUGGUUACUGACCCGGAGGCUUAUGCUUGUGGACACGUUGAGUGGAAGGCAAAACUCUUUAACUUCUUCACCUGGGGUCAUACGUGUGGCCACUAACAUUAAGAUAAGGUUUCAACUAGUGCCGAAUACACAGAAAGGACAGGUGUACCCCCCUCUGAUGACUGUGACUUACUCAGAUAUACCUGUCACUGACCCCACCACACAGACUGUUACAGUGUCAUUCUUUAUUGAGUAUACGAUGGACCAAGAAGAAGCUAGGGUCAAAACUGAUAUUGCUCUUGGUGUGCUGGGUGGCAUGGCUGUUGUGCACUCUUUAUUGAAGACGGCAAGCUGGAAAAGAAGAAUCGCAUCUCCUCUCAUUGACCUGCAGACCAUUAUGAAGUUUCUGGUGUUUUAUGCUGGUGACCUGGCAAAUGUUUUCUUCAUCAUCACAGUUGGGACUGGCCUCUACUGGCUCAUAUUCUUUAAGACAGUGGAGGCCCAGCUAUUUGUUUCUGUGUUGCUGCCAUUACCGGCUCAGGAGGAACGCUUUGUUGUUUAUGUCGGCUGUGCCUUCGCUUUGAAGACUGUACAAUUUCUUCAUAAGCUCUUUGUUCAGCUGUCUGUAGAUAUCUUCUUCAUAGAUUGGGAAAGACCUCGUGGUAAAGCCAGUAAACAUGUGGAGGGGUCUGGUGAAGCAAAAAGUCAAGCAUCUCCUGUCAGUAUCUGGAGAACAUAUUUUGUGGCCAAUGAGUGGAAUGAGAUUCAGACCAUUCGCAAGAUCAACCCCACAUUUCAGGUCAUUGCUGUGCUUUUCUUCCUGGAGGUGGUUGGUUUCUCAAAUUUGGCUUUAAGAGACCCCUCAUCCAACCUGCGUCGGUCUGCAGAGGCAUACACACCGCCUUACAGCCUCAUACUCCGUUAUGGUGUGGCUUCUGCAAUGUGGCUCUGCAUUGGCUUAAUACAGAUUAUAUUUUUCACAGUAUUCCAUGAACGCUUUAUUGAAGACAAGAUUCGCCAGUUUGUGGAUCUGUGCUCCAUCAGCAAUGUCUCAGUGCUGCUGCUGUCUCAUCGAUGUUUUGGCUACUACAUUCAUGGACGUUCUGUUCAUGGUCAUGCUGACACUAACAUGGAUGAGAUGAAUACAAACCUGAAGAGGGAGGCGGAGAAUCUGUGUGGCCAAAGGGGACUUUUGCCGAACUCAGACACACAGACGUUUCAGAUUUCAAUAACCAACCGCCUGCGAGCACAAUAUGACCGGAUAAUUGAGCCAAUCAGCAGGACAUUUUUUCCCAAGAGACGUGGCCCCUCAAGGUUGGUGGAUGCUUCAGCCAAUCCAUGUGAGCUGAGCACAAAAGCUUACCAUACGAUGAACCGAUUCCUAGGCUCUGUCAUUGAUCAUGCACAUCGUGAGAUGGAUUACAUAGUGAAAGAUAAGCUGCUAUUUGAGAGACUUAUCGGUAUGGAGUUUAUAGAGCCACUGGAUAAAAGCAUCUUCUAUAAUGACGAUUCUCAUUCAUUCUCUGACGUCCUCUUUUAUGGUAACGAGGCUGUGCUGUUGAUCUUCGACACCCUCUUUUUCUGUGUUGUGGAUCUGGGCAGUCAGAACUUUAUUCUCGCGGCUGUGUUAACAUACCUCCAGCAGCUGGUCUUCAGAUUGAUACGAAAUGGAAUGGGCCGCAGGAACCUAGCUAGCAAAACUCUGGUUGACAAACGGUUUCUCAUCUAGUUCCUCCAUUUUCUUUUUUCUUAAUGGUGUUUCUGUUUUAUGCCAUGGCAGCCUUCAGAUUUUUGUAUUGUUUUUGUAUAAAAGUGUCAUUCGUGCAGGAUUUUUGUACUUUCUAUGCCAGGACAGUUCAGGAUUUGAUGUAUUAAUCUUCUGAUAUUAAUUAUUUUUGAACAAUUAAAUCUGUUCUUGGUUUUUAUGAUGCCUUUCCUGAUAAAUUUGAUUCUACAAAGUUUGCUUCAAGUUUUUUAAACUUCUACAGAGCACACAAGCCAUGGCUCCUAAGUGUAAGUUCUGUAUAGGUGGUUCUAUGGAAGUUAGUGUAUGUCUGCAAAUAUGAUAGUUGUUGAAAAUUAAUCCACAGGCCCCAGCGAGGCGACCCCUGGUUUACAAGACCAGUGCUCUAACCACUGAGCUAUGAAGCCUUACCUGUUCCUGCUUUGUCCUCAUUACCAUAUGAAAGGUACUGACAAUCUUAUUGUAUCACUAAGGGGUGUGUCUGUCAUACCAGAAGUGAACACUAGAGCACCUUUACAGGACAGUCAUGCAAACCUAUCACAGAUAUCAAGUCAGUCAUAUCACAAGAGGAGCAAGUUAUGAUAUUUUGAUUGAAGAUUACUGACUAAUCAUUCUAAAACGCUGAUUUGGUGCUAAAGAAACAUUUCUUAUUAUUAUCAAUGUUGAAAACAGUUGUGCUGCUAUUUUGUUUUACAUCUUUUACACUGUCUUACCAGGACAUGUUCACGAUGGCUGAACAUCUAUAAUGUUUCUGAGCUUUCUUUUUUUGUUUACUCACAGUUGAACGCUUUAAACCAGACUUGUUGAACUCUCUUCUGUUGUACCACUACUCAUCUGUAAACUUAGUUUGAUGACCACUCAAAAAUAUCUGUCAGGCCCCAGCGAGAAUUGAACUCGCGACCCCUGGUUUACAAGACCAGUGCUCUAACCACUGAGCUAUGAAGCCUCACCUGAGCUGUGUAAGGCUUAAUUACCAUAUGAAAAGUACAUACAAAAAAAAAAAAAAAAAAAAAAAAGUCCUUCAAAGGGUGUGUCCAACAUUUGUUGACAAAUGACAAACACGUGAUUCAUGUGUCACAAAUGACAUCAUCAUCCGGUCCUAGUACAUCAUAAUUGUGCUGUGCAGAUCUAUGAACAACAACAAAAAAGACAACAGAGGCUAUUUUUUUUUGUUUAUGUGCCUGUGUUUUUUAUAUAUACUUAGACGUUUUAUAUGCUUAAACGAAAUAAAAGUUUUAAGUAAUAAUUCUCCAUAUAUUAGGUUUCCCCUACAUGUUUCCUAAAAAGAGAAAAUACACACAGAAUAAAUAAAAACUAAAUUUAUGCAAUGAAACAAAAUUAAAACAAUAUUUAUCCAAAUCAGGGUUGCCUAUAUUCUGUAAAGAUGAGAUCAGAAAGUUGCAGCGCCGCAUGUAGGGUGAAGUUUUACCUAUAUUCUGAAGACCUUGGUGUCCUUCCUAGAGUACAAAUGAUCUAUUUUGGUGGUUGUGUUCUAUUAACAAUCAUUUAUGCCAGCAAACACUUUUGAUAGUGGUUUAAAAUUGUCCUUUUGGUAUUAAUUAGGCCCCAGCGCCCUGGUUUACAAGACCAGUGCUCACCUGGCCUGUUAUUGUCUACAUUACCAUAUGAAAGGUGUUUCAGUAAGAUGUGUGUCUUUCUGUUGAGUUUCUUUUGUUUACGCUAUCCUACAAUCAUGUUUGCUUGGUUACAAUCUGUACUGAGUUUUGUUUUCUUUUUUGUUUGAAGGAUCAAGACCUUCAUAACCUUGUUUAAAGAUGACAAACAGGUGGUUGCUCAUGAUGCUUAACAUGCCUCUCAGUCUUUCUCUGGCUUCUCAGUUUACAGUAGAAUUUGUCUUGGUUACCAGUACCAGAGUGAGAUGUUAUUACAUCAUAUAAAUUUGAUCUAUCUCUGACAUGAAACAUUAUUGUCUUUCGGGACUACACUGCAUUACCAAUGUGUUCAAUAUCUUCCGAUUAACAAAAUAAGCAAGCUUGACCAGAGUUGUAUUUAGGAGAAGAAUUUAAAUGAAAUUAGUGUAAGACAGCUUUUUAGCAGAGAUCAGCCUACAAAGAAUCAAAACACAAGUUAUGACAGACCUUUACUAACAUACAUGGAGAUCCUGUAAUACACAAGAUGAGUGUGUGUGUGUGUGUGUGUGUGUGUAACCUGUUUGUCGGAAUUAUAUCAAUAAAAGGAGGAUUAUAUUAACUACUAGUAUUUGGAGUCUCGGGUUCGGGGUCUUACACUAAACACAGAAUUAUAUUAAAAAAAAUAAUUGUGCUUAAGAAAUGUGUCUGCACUCGCGAUUCAAAUAUCAAUUCAGUCACCAACUGCUUGAAUAAAAACACAUACACAGAAAUACGUUUCAAAAGGUGUUAUUUGUAUUCAGUGUGCCCUCUUUUUGUUUCUCUUUUUGUUAUAAACUGCAAACACUUUGCAGUAUAAUUGUCACUUGUUUAACAAAAAUAUAUUUGUGUACCUUCAAUGAAUUACAACAAUGAAUUAUCAAUGAAUUACCACAAACAAUGAAUUAUCAACAAUCACAAUUGAAUAAAAUAAAAUGAAAUAGACAGUCCAAACAGUCAGAAGAAAUGCGUAAAUCCUGAAUCAGGUUGAAAUGUGUUUGCUUCAAUUCAAAUCAGUGUAAGUGUAUGAAUGAAUGCCUACAGAAUCCUCGCCGAAACCAACGAUGAAGAACCGUUCACUCCUCACGAACGAGUCCUUGAAUCGCGCGAUUCACCCGAGUGAACUCCAACUCGUUUCUCCUGACACGAAUCCAAAAGAUCGCAACGUGAUGAAAUCGUCCACUCCCACCAAGCACACACAGCACACUCCAAAUCGCUAAUGCAAUAAAAGAGUUCAGGCAUACAAUUAAAGAAGAAUAUGCAAGGAUGGAUAUGAAUAAGCGAGAGCAGGAAUGCAGCUCGUAUCUCUCGCCACGAGC